CUCCCCCCAACGGUCCCCGCCCGCCCCGCCCCGCCCCGCACUCAGUCAGUCAGUGAAUGGGCAGCAGAUGGGUGAGACCGGCGUGGCGACUGCUCCCGACGAGACGCGGCUGAGCCCCUUUCACACCCCGUCCGCCCCACAUCGCGCCUCAGCAGCCCGCUCUCUUCGCCACAGCCAGACCAACCGAGGGGCCACAUGGAGCCUAAAACGAUUUUAAAAAGUGUGAAUCGUUACUACAAUGGCAUUGAAGCUAACAACAGAUCAACAGAUGUCUUUGGUGAUGCUCUAGUCAAUUGUAAUUCAUUCUUCAGCCCUUAUAAAGCACAGGUAUCUCAAUAUGAAGAAAAUAUAGAUUCGCAUCAGUCCUACACAACAUCUGUGUCAACCACACCUGAUUCUUCCUUGUUUUAUGUUCCUUGGUCAACAUCGGGGGAUGAUUAUAAACAGCUUGCUGGAUCACAAACUAAUCCUAACCGGUCCCAGAAUGAAAUGAAUGAAUUUGGCAGUGCUGCAGACCUGUAUGGCCUUGUUUCUAACAUUCUCGAAGAACCUGACCAGUCACAAUCUUUAUUUGUUGAAGGAAAUACAUCUUCUAACUUAUUAAGAUCAAUAUGGUCUUCCACAACCAGCAGAUAUUCGGAACAUCUAGAUCACUCGUCUGAGUCUAAGAAGCCUGUAGACGCAUCAUAUUCACAGCCUGUUUUUAAUGCAAAGGAAUCCUUAGCAACUAAUGACAAGCACCAGUACCAGCAGGAUAAUCAUUUAGUCUCACAGCAAAAAAUAAAUAUGGAAGAUUUUUUAGGGUUUGAUGAUUUAGAUCUUGCAGAGCAAUGGGUAUAUCCCUCAAAGAAAGAAACUACGGAUUGCAGUCCUUUUCAGUCCACUGAUACCACCAAGAUGAACUUUCAAGAGUUUCCUUAUGUGAAGAACUGUUCCAAACUUCAGGCAGGGUUAUCAGUUAGAGAACCUGGAACAGAGAUACACAUGUAUGGCAGAGAUGGAGGAGAUUUUAAAGAAGUUGGUACAGCUUCUAAUCUAACAUCUACAGAGCUGUUUCCUUUCCUUCAUAAUUCUAGAAAUGCUUACAUUAAUACUGGCAACAGGUACAUGGAGCAAAUGCAUGGCAGUAAAUUCAGACAAAACAAAUUUGUGAACUUCAACAUGGCAGAUGGAAAAUCAUCUGCUUCUGAUUGUAUACCAGAAUUACCAGUAAUAGAAAUGGAUGGAUGUACCAGAAUCUCAAAAACCAAGCAAGCACAAAAGGGGUUUGAUGAAUUAAACAUUGAUCAACAUGCUCUAAAAUACUGUAUAAAAUCAUCAUCAAGUUUGAGUGAUAAACAGCUUUCAAAAGAAAUAGGAUUAGGUAGUGAUUUGGGACAGAAGUGCACCUCAGAAUGUGGAAGAAACCCUCACACAUUUUGUCCAAUUAGAAGUGAUUUUGAGAAGGCCUUCGAAAAGCAACAGCAUUCUAAUUAUGAUCAUUUUUCACAGCAGUCUGAAUAUGUGCAGCCAUUAAAUGCAUUGCCAGUGUCUGUGUAUUCUGGAGAGUCUUACCAAAGUAGGCAAUCCUGGACAAAAUCCUGUACUUCUGGUUCUGAAACUACCACUACUGCCUCAUUUGGAAAGCCAGAUAGCUCAGCAGACCUCAGCAAUCAAACAUCACCUGCCUCUAAAACAUCUUCACACUCGUACUGUCCAACUUCUCAUCAGUCUUCCAUGCCGUUUCCUCAAAAUAAUAGUGCUUAUUUCCAAAGGUCUACUGGAAUUUAUAAUCAGGAUAACCACCCUAAGGUGUCUAGCAGUGAAUUCCCCUAUAAUAUGGAAAGGGUUCAACCAGGUACACAUGUUGAAGGACAAAACAAAGCUAGUGGAGAUAUGUACUUUGAAUCACCCAUUGAAAAAAAUUGUCAAAAUGGGAAGCAAGUAAAUGGAUUUCAUGGGAGUUCAUCGUCUCAGCAAUAUGUUCCAAACAAAUACCCCAGCUAUCAAACUAAACAGAUAAACUGCCAUUAUGAUUUGAAUGAAGACAUGAAGAAAAAAGAUGAUGAAUUUUCACAAAAUAUGUACAGAGAUUUGCUAGGUGCUCAGUCUUAUUAUUAUAAUAAUCACAAUUCUCAACAAGGAGCUGGAGACAGCAACAAUGUAGCAAAUUAUAUGACUCGUUCUUCAGCUGCUUUUUCAAGUCCCUACAUGAUGGGUGACUUUAGACGGAACCAUAUUUCCCAACUUGGCCCACUUGGUGUUGCUUCAGGAACUAAUCUUCAGUUUGGUCAUCCUGUUGUUUCAUUGAUGGAUCCCAGUGAGUUAUUUCCAUAUGAGGAGUUCAGUCAUUUGUAUCCUCUUUUCAAUGAUAUGUUUUAUGGAGAUGCUCCCCUUUAUGGAUUUAUACCACCUUUUGGAUUUCCAAGACCUAUGAAAAAUCGCAGUGGUCCAGCCAAUGAACUUCAUAUUCGAUUAGAAGAGUGCUAUGAGCAAUGGAGAGCUCUGGAAAAAGAAAGAAAAAAGACUGAAGCAGCACUUGCUCGGAACUAUCCUGGAAAGAGAGUGACCAGUUCCAAUAAUACACCUAUUCCCAGACUACCUUCCAACCCUUCCCGGGUUGAUCGUUUGAUUGUUGAUCAACUGAGAGAACAAGCAAGAGUUGUGACAUUGCUCGGGAAAAUGGAACGCCUCCGCAGUUCUCCUCUUCAUGCUAAUAUUUCUACAGCUCUUGACCGACAUUUAGAAGCCAUUCAUGUCACCCAAGCUCGCAGGAAAGAUGAAAUAGUAAAUGCUGCUAAUAGACAGAGGCAAGGAGCACCAAGAUACCAGGAUGACCGAGAUGUUCUUGCUUUGGCUAUUGCGGUCAAAGAAAUGGCUGUAGCUACACGGAAAGCACGGACUGCUUUGUGGUGUGCCCUCCAAAUGACUUUACCCAAAACACCAAAUGCCAAUCCAGAUGACCAAGUUGAAGCAGAAAGGGAACUGCACGAUCUUGUGACCAACGGAGACAAAAACUAUCAAAAUAGAAGCAACUACUAUAGUGGGGAAAAGAAUGAAGUAGCAAAAACUCGCAUUGAUUAGAGAACUGCUAGAAAAUCAAAUAAUAGACUGAAAAGUCGCAUAAUAAAUUAUUCUAUUCAUUAUUAUCUUUAAAGUAACACAAAUAUGAAUUCGUUAAGUAAAAGUAAUUAUAAGCGAUGUAAUAUGUAGUCAUGUUUGGUUAGUAAAUAGAUAUCUAUCUAUUGAGACACAUAAUAUGAAGCUUACAUAAAAUCUCACAACCAUAAUUUAACAAGAUCAUUUUACUUCAUGGUUUGGUAAACUGUUCUUGUCAAAUCUUUACAAUCAAAGUGACUAAAUCUCCUUAGUCAGGAAAUUUUAAUCUAAUGUUUGUUUUAGUUUCUUCAAGAUGUUUGUUAUUUAUUACACAUAAAAUUUAUAAAAAAAAGGUCAUGGCUUUCUUUGACAUGACCUCUAUUUGGUGAAGGUGAUGAACAAGUGCAUCAAGGUGCAGUCUUUUGGUAAGAAGUAUAAGAGCUAAAAAUCAAUAAGUGAAAUAAAAUAUUUAAUGCCACAACAGUACGUGGAGAUUAAUGAAACCAGUACAUAUACUGCAAUUAUCCUGUUAAGUAAACGUUUAUCAUAGUUUAGAUUUAGCGGUUCUGUUUAUAUUUAUAUUACCUUAAUCUGGUUAGACCCUCUGUUUAUAUAAUUGAAGUUACAGAUAAUGUGCAAUGGUCACAGACUUUGUAUAAUAUAUUACUGAUGCCUGGAAAUAUGAAAGUAAUGAUAUUGAAGAUAAUUCAUUGGAAAAUACCAUUAAUUAUUAUUGUUCGCAGUUUGAUAUUUAUGCAGUGAAUAAGAGCUAUCCAGGAGUAAUAAUAAGGCAUUAAUUUCACUUUAAUAUCAGAUUGCAAAUGAGAUGUAUAAGUAUUCUGAUGUGGAAAGGUGAAAUUACCGCCUCAGGUUUACACUAUGUUAAUAUAUUAUACUUUGAAUUUCUUGGAUCACUUCAAUUAGAGUUUAGAUUUUUUUUUUGCCAAAAGUUAAUAUUAUGUAGAUGCAUGAUAAUAUCUACACAGAAUAAUUAACAAUUUGUUACACAAGGUACACAGUGGCAUAUACAAGACAGUCAUUUUUAAGUUACGUUACUUUUUUCCCCUCAUUCUCUCGCUCUGACAUCUUUGGUUGAGGGUUCAGGCUAUUUUUUAAACAUUGUAGUUCUGUGGCUAAUAACACCCAUACUAACUCGCCAAAUAACAUUCCUCUUACGUGUUGAGUACAUCACUUUAUCGUGUGAGUCAUCAACACCAAAGGUUGAUAUUUUUCUCAUCUAAUCUUCAUAUAUACUUUGGAUAGCAAUCACGAACAGAAACCAUUUCCUAGCCCAGGGAAUGUUAUUGUGGCUGAGAUAAGCUAAUUCAGCACGGACCAGGAAUUGAAUUUCUGGUCUACAUAGUUUGGUAUAAUGACAGAUGCUGGAUUUAGUUGUUAUCCAUCAGGGAAGGUGUGAGCGGUUAACAUUUUCAUAUAUCACUGUUGUUGAUGCGUAUUUUAUUUAUAUGUUUAAAAAUCAUUUCAAAUAGUUUAAAUCAUUUUUGUUGAUGUUAAGCAGAUUUGCUUGUGCCUACGUAGUGAGAAGCUACAUGAUGGCAAUAUAUGAUGCAGUUGAUAUCCCACUAUUAAUUGUGCUUGUAUAUGCUAGAAUAGAUUAACAGAAUCUAUACUGGACAAGAAACCACAUUACAUAAAUUAUAUGCAUUAAUCAAUUGUAUUUGAUGAAUGCUAAUCACAGAAAGCAGAUGACUUUCAGCAACAAGAGCAUUUUCAGAGAAAAGUGAAAAGGAAUACAAAAAAAUGACUUUAUGCAAUGAUACAAAACCUUGUAAAAUGAAGCAGACAAAUCCAAACUCCAAAACAGUUACAAGAAAUACUGCUUCAUUAACAAAAGCAUAACCAAGUACUAUUUAAAAUGUAAAUCUUACUUUAUUAUUGAGGAUCUUUGCAGUGGAUGUUACACUGGCUACAGUGUGUUGUACCUCUGUAGUAAAACUACAGAAAUAAUGCAUUAUCCAACAAUCUAGAUGUGUUGAUUUAGUGAAUUUCUUUUGUAUUUGGAAUGUGUUAACAUUUACUAAGUUUGAAGCGUACAUUUAUUUUAAUUAGUGCUAACAUGCCUCUCAUAUUUAGUAUUUGUUAGAUUUUUUUUAAUGUAGUUAUGAGGCAACUUGUUUAUAAUGUGUACAGUCUGUAAAAGUUGAUGGCUUAUUUUCCUUUUGGACAUCAGUAGUACUAUUCAAAAAUUUUGUAAUAGUGAGCUGUUCUGCAUUUCUGAUAUGAAAUCUAGAACGUUUAACUGUUAAAUGCGUCCACACAAACAAGUUUAAUAUUAUGUCAGGAAAUGGUUAAUAAUCUUCACAGGACAUGUGGUACUUGCAACCAAAGUGAAUUGCUUCAAACUUGACAGUAUUGUACUUGAUUUGGUGGUACAUGCCAAGCUAAAUUGUCAUUCAUUUCUAAUUCAUUGAUCGAAAAUGUUUGUAAAUAUCUUAAAAUCAUUUAGAAAUACCUUAAAUGAUUUUGAGACAUUUGACCCUAGAUUACUUUUGAGAAGUUAGCCACUCGGAGACAUAAAUCUGCGAUAUCAUCAAAAUUAAUUUGUCUUACCUGGUGUAUUUGUCACUUAGAUAUACUGUAUCUUAAUGUGAUUUCCAGGGAUUUUCCUAAAAAUAAUACAUUUCUUCCAUUAUAUGAAAUACCAUAAGGUUUUAAUAUUUUCCUUGAAAACAAUUUCAACUAUUUUGUUUAAUAGUGCAUCUUGAUGUUAUCCAGAAGGCAUUUUAAUGCAUUCUUCAAUUAUAUUUAAGAUAUGUCCAAAUAAAUGUGAUGUAUCAGAUAUCUUUAAUAUGGUAAUUUGUGUUGUACAAUUAACUUAAGGAACAAGAAUCUUUUGACCUUUGAGUUUAUGAAUUGAAUUCUUCUUUAGAUUAAUGAAUGAAAGAAACAUAUCUUUGUCAUGUGUGAUAAAUUGAUCAGGAAUACAGUAUGAAAAACCUCCUAGAUGUUUAAAUGUUUAUGUGAUCAAUGAAAUACUUGGUAAUGUAAUACAUAACUGCUGAAAUAGUUAUCUCAUGAGGAGUCAACAGAAGGUUGUGCAUUUCAAAAGAGUACGUGGUGACUGCUUGAAACAAUGUCAUUUAAAAAUGGAGUUAACCCAAGUUCCAAAAUUAAUAUUUAAGAAGUUGACUUUGUAUCAAAGGUGGUGAAAUUUUUGAUUUUCCUAAGUUAAAGUUGAUAUAUUUUACUGAACUGUGUAAGUUACUGAAAAUAUAACAUUAAAUUAAUAAAAUAUUGAUCUAAUUUAAAUUAUUAAUCAUUUUUACGAUGUACAAUAGUGGAAUGUUUAACAUACCUGAAUAGAAAUAGUUAUGUCUUCCGAGAACAUUAAAAUCAGAAGAUUGGGGGGAGGGGAGUCCAGCUAUUUAAAAAAUGUGAGAAUGCGAAAGAUGUAAAUAACAGAAUGAAAAAAAUCAUCAGCUAAAUAAAUUAAUCCCAGAAUCAGCAUGGAGUACAGUAACUCAGAUAAAAGUAAAUAACAGAAAUGCAUUGGCCACAAAUUGUUUGUGUUAUGGAUGCCAAAUUUCUUCCAUCAUUGUGACAUUUCCAGCACAAAGAAUAUUGGGGAGUUUUGCCUCCCAGAAACACACAGAAUAAUCAGAUAAUGUCAGUCAGCAUAUUGUUCCCAAUUUUAAAAUAGGAAACCUUUU